AUGAAGGCCAAAUCUGCGAGACUUGUUGAACUUGAAAAGAUACAGAUGAACAUCUACAUGAAGAUGAAGUUUUAUGGUGAACAAAUGAAUAUGAACACGCUGAUGAACGAGGAACAUCAUAAUCUGAAUUUGCUAAUGGGUGAAUUCGAACAAGCUCCUCCGAAUAUGAACAUGUUCAUGAAUGAGGUGGACUUGAAUUUGAAUAUCCAAAGAAAUUUGAACACGAUGGAACAACCAAGCAGGUUUGAUGAACCGAAUGCAUUUGUGUUUGAGGAACCGAAUCCACACAUUAUAGGGGAGAAUCUUAACAUAGAGGCAGCAAUUGGAGAAAACAAUAACAUGUCAGGAAGUGAAAACCGUGUUCUAGAGGCAGUGGAAGCCUUAGGUGAAGAUGAAGAGGGCGAGGGUGAAGGAGAAGACGACAAGGCCGAAGCCGAGGAGGGCGAGAGCUCUAACAGGAGGAGGAGGACAACUUACCAUCGCCACACCCAAGCACAGAUUCAUGAAAUGGAGAAAUUUUUUAAGAACUGUCCAUGCCCUGACGGCAAACAAAGACAGAUGUUAAGCCUUCAAUUGGGUAUGGAUCUGGUGCAGGUUAAGUGCUGGUUUCAAAACAAACGGGCUCAAUUGAAGGCGCGUCAGGAACGUGAGGAGAAUUAUCAACUGCGUGAUGAAAAUGAGAAACUUAAGGCGGAUAACUUGAGGUACAAAAAUUCCAUAGAGAAUUUCUUAUGUCAUAAAUGCGGCGGGUCAAUCAAUAAACACGGAGAGAUCUCAACAGAGGAAGAGGAGCAGCGUUUGAUCGCGGAGAAUGAGCGCAUAAGGGAAGAAGUUGCUAGAGUUUCUAAUAUAGCUUCUGGAAGUAAGAACAUGGGUACUCGGCCUAACAACAAUUACAUGAUCCAAGGGGAGUCAUCAAGAAUGGGAUCAGAACAAAACCAGAUAAGAGCAGCAGUAGUGAUGCCGGGACAAGGUGGUAGCAGCAUGUCUAGGGCCUCGGCCUCGAUAAAUCAUCAGCAGCCGCCGCUGCCACAGCAGCAGCAUCUUCAGCAGCAGCCACAGCAUCAGCAUCUUCAGCAGCAGCCGCCGCAGCCACAGCAUCAGCAUCUUCAGCAGCCACAGCAGCAUCAGCAUCUUCAGCAGCCACAGCAGCAUCAGCAUCUUCAGCAGCAGCCGCCGCUUCCAGGGGAUCUAAUAGAUAGGGAUAUGAUUUGGCAGAUCGCAAUGAUAUCCCUGGAAGAGGUUGUUAAAAUGGCGGAAAUGGAGGAACCUCUUUGGAUCCCAAAUCGUUCUGAUUGCGGUAUCGGGUUCAAGUUGAAUGAGGAGGAGUAUUUUCGGGUUUUCCCCAUAGGAUUCAGGCCUCGCCCUGAAAAUCUUUACUGCGAGUCCUCUCGCCACUCCACCACCCUUACCAUUAGUUCCCAUUCUCUUAUAAAGGUUUUCAUGAGUCAGACUCAUUGGAAGAGCUUCUUCAGUGCCAUUGUGUCAAAAGCGUCGUGUUUGGAAAUCUUGUCAAGUGGGUCUCCAGAAAAUUAUAACGGUGCAUUGCAAGUGAUCUCUAUAGAGACACAUGCGCAGACUCCUUUUGUUCCAAUCCGUGACAACAUGUUGGCAAGGUACUGCAAGCAAGUGGGUGAAAAGAAGUGGGCAGUGGUGGACGUUUCUUUGGACAUAUUCCGGGCAAUCCAUCUAGUGAAGUCGAGGAAAAGGCCUUCCGGGUGCAUAAUUGAAGAUGUGGCCGAUGGAUUCACAAAGGUGACUUGGAUAGAGCACGUUGAAGCAGAAGAAGUGCCUGGUGUGCAUCCAAUCUACAAGGCUCUGGUCAGUUCGGGCCUGGCUUUUGGGGCCAAACGUUGGGUUGGUAUUCUCCAGAGCAAAACCGAUCGUCUGGUCAGUGUCAUGUCCAACACUACCCUGCCCUUUUCUGACAUAACGGUGGAAAGUAAGAGGAGCCAUACUCUGUUGUCUGAGAGGAUGGUAGGGAUCUUUAACAAGGGAGUGAGUGUGGCUACAGGGCAUCCUUGGAGUAUAAUUCCACACAGAGCCCCAAAUCAAAUUAGAGUUCUCAUGAUCAGGAACACAGAUAAUAUUCAAGGUCAUCCCGUAGGGGUAAUCCUUGCCGCUACAUAUUCCUUUUGGCUCAAUGCCAUGCCCAUCACUGUCUUUCAAUAUCUCCAAAAGCAACAAACAAGGAGUCAGUGGGAUUAUCUUACAUCUUCUUUUCAACCAAUUCAAGAAAUCUCCCGUAUUGUGAUUGGCCGAGAUUCUGCUAGCAGCAUAUCUGUGCUACGACUUAAUCCUGAUAUGCUGGUCCUGCAAGAGGAAAAUUGGGAUCCAAUGGCAGCGUACAUUGUAUAUGCCCCGGUUGACAGCACGACGGUGAACCUGACUUUGGUCGGAGGGGAUUCCGACUACGACUACGUGACAAUGCUUCCUACCGGUUUUGUGAUAAGUCCCGACGGUCUGGGCAAUGGAAGUACUGAUGGGGCCGGCGGAUCAUUGGUAACUUUAUCCUUGCAGAUUUUGGUUGAUUCUAAUCCCAAUGUUGUGGUUCAACCUCCAUCUGUCGACCAUCUUACUACUUUGCUCAACAACACCGUCAAUAGUCUCAAGAUUGCCUUAAUGAACCAGAAAGAUAAUCUUUUCUUUACCUAG